AUGUCAAGCAAUUUCGCCGUCGCCACUCACCGGAGCACCGUCCGCGUCGUAGUUAUCGGCGAUUCAGCUACCGGUAAAUCAAGCCUAAUUGCUGCAGCUGCUACCGAUGCUUUCCCGGAGACUGUCGCACCGGUUCUUCCUCCCACUCGACUUCCAGCCGAAUACUAUCCGGAUAAAAUUCCGGUUACAGUUAUUGAUACUCCUUCCAGUUUGGAAGGUAAGGCUAAAGUAGAAGAUGAAUUAAUGUGUGCGGAUGCAGUAGUUAUAACCUAUGCUUGUGAUCAGCCUGAAACGCUUGAUCGGAUUGAGGGUUUUUGGCUUCCUGAAGUUAGGCGCUUGAAGGUUAAGAUACCAGUGAUUGUGGCUGGAUGCAUGUCAGACUUGCGCGAUGAACACUAUCCUAUUAACCUACAGUCAAUGAUAAGUCCAAAAAUGCAAGAGUAUAGGGAGAUUGAGACUUGGAUUGAGUGUUCUGCUGCUAACCUUGUCCAGGUAACUGAUGUCUUUUAUUAUGCUCAAAAAGCAGUGCUUCAUCCAACAGCCCCCUUGUAUGAUCAAGAAACUCAAACCUUGAAACCUCGCUGCAUCAGAGCAUUGAAAAGGGUAUUUACUCUUUGUGAUCAUGAUAUGGAUUCUGCCCUGAAUGAUACCGAGUUGAAUGAAUUUCAGGUCAAGUGUUUUAGUGUUCCUCUUCAACCUUCUGAAAUAGAAAAUGUUAAGCGAAUAGUACGAGAGAAAGUACCCGAUGGAGUCAACAGACAUGGGAUUACCCUGAAAGGCUUUUUAUAUCUCCAUUAUAAGUUUAUUGAAAAAAGCUGCCUUGAGACUACUUGGACUGUCUUACGUAAAUUUGGUUACAAUGAUGACGUUGAACUCUUAAAAGAGAAUCUUCCUGUUCCAUCCAGAAAGGCUCCUGAUCAGAGUGUUGAGUUGACAAGUGAAGCUGUGUACUUCCUGAAAGGGGUUUUCAGUUCAUUCGAUUCUAAUAAGGAUGGAGCUCUACAAGAUUCCAAACUUGAUGAGCUAUUUUCAGCGGCACCAGAAAGUCCUUGGGACGAACCUCCUUACACGGAUGCUGUUGAGAGAACUGAACUAGGGGAUCUAGGACUUGCCGGAUUUCUCUCUCAGUGGGAUCUAAUGACAUUACUUGAUCCACCUCAAAGUUUGGCCUAUCUGAUAUACAUGGGGUAUACUGGUGAUCCAUCAAAAGCCUUGCGUGUUACUAGGAAAAGAUCCAUAAAUUUGAAGAAGCAACAUACAGAUAGACAUGUAUUUCAAUGCUUUAUUUUUGGACCCAAAAGCGCUGGGAAAUCUGCACUGUUGACUUCAUUUGUGGGAAGACCUUUCCAACCCACAUAUAAUUUGACAAGCAAUCAAUGUUAUACAGUCAAUACUGUUAAUCAACAAUGGGGGAUUAAGAAGACUCUUAUAUUGCGGGAAAUUCAAGAAGAUGAUGUUAAAGAAUUACUAUCCAGGAAGGAGUCACUGGCUACCUGUGAUAUAGCAGUUUUUGUUUAUGACAGUUCCAAUGAGUAUUCCUUGAGAAGAGCAUCGGAAUUGCUAAUGGACGUAGCUAGGGCAGGAGAAGAUAGUGGGUAUGGUGUACCUUGUCGCCUCAUUGCGGCUAAAAAUGAUUUGAGUUCAUAUCCAAUGGAAAUCAAAGAUUCCGAGAUGGUUUGUCAGACUACGAAAAUAGAUGCACCCAUUCGUAUCAGUGUGAAAGAAAACGACUUGAAUAAUGUCUUUAGGAAAAUUGCUAAUGCAGCCGAGCAAUGUCACUUGAGUGUUCCCGAGACUGAACAGGGGAGAAACAUGAAACAUUACCAACAGCAUUUGAACCGUUCUAUCAUUCUUGCCUCUGUAGGAGCUGCUGUUGCUGUAAUUGCAUUGGUAGCAUACCGAGCCUAUGCUAGUAGGAAGAGUAAACCUUCCAGUUAGGUAAAAAGCAAUCCUAUGUCCCUGGUUGGUGCCCCAUUGGAGUCAAAAUAAGCUGCUUCAUAAGUUAACUGCCAGACGUAGAAAGAAUAGUUUCAGUUUUUAUUUUAACCAUCAACAGUCAUAUAUAUGAUUCUUUAACUCCAUAUUUUGCUUUAUUUAGUUUUAGCUUACAUGUUAUCCACAACUUCGUUGCUCUCUCAAAAUUUUCGUUAGGUUUUAGAAAUUAGACGUGACAAUACACAAUGUAUUAUGUUUAGAUUUUAAAUCCCAAAGAUCUUGCAUUCUUCCA